CGGUUGUGUUUAUUAUUUUUUGCAGAGCCAAAUAUCGUCCACAGAGGUCUCCCAUUCGCAGAACAUCUUGCAUCAUGCCAGACCUCUUAGUGAUUAAGAGCUGCUUCCUGAGUUGCUUAUCAGUACUGCUUCAGACAUCGAGCUCACAGCAGGACGAGCAAAGCCAGCUGCUACUGGUGUCCUUUGAUGGCUUCCGCUGGGACUAUGUGAAUCGAGUACCCACACCCAAUUUCCGUGCCCUGAUGGAUGAGGGUGUACAGGUGGAACAAGUGGAGAACACCUACAUCACCAAGACCUACCCAAACCACUACACCUUAGUGACAGGCUUACACGCCGAAACCCACGGCAUUGUUGCUAACGAAAUGUACGACCCCAUUCACAACCGCUCCUUUUCCAUGGAGGGAUCUGAAGUGUACGAUGCAUGGUGGUGGGAGGAGGCUGUGCCGUUGUGGGUCACCAAUCAGAAGGCUGGGCUGAAGAGCGGAGCUGCCAUGUGGCCUGGAUCAGAUGUAGCGAUUGGUGGAACGUAUCCAACACAUUAUUUGAGUUAUAAUGCGUCAAUGACAUUUGAGACCCGAGUCGAGAAACUCAUUGACUGGUUCUCAGGGCCAGAGGCCAUCAAUUUUGGUGUCUUGUAUUGGGAGGAGCCAGACGAGAGUGGGCAUAACUUGGGGCCGGAGAGCCCACUAAUGGAUGUAGUCAUAGCAGACAUCGAUGAGAAGUUGGGAUUCCUCAGGGGAAAGCUCAGAACCGCUGGCCUUUCUGACAAAGUCAAUCUCAUUGUUACAAGUGAUCAUGGAAUGACACAGUUAUCACAUGAUAAGAUUAUUGAGCUGGACACCUACGUCAGCCGCGAUCUUUACACAUGGAUAGACAAGAGCCCUGUAGUUGGCAUUUUGCCGAAAGAAGGCAAACUUGAAGAGGUCUACAAUUCGUUGAAGAACGCCAACCCUAACAUGGUUGUGUAUAAAAAGGAGGAGAUCCCAGAUCAUUACCACUACAGACACAAUGUCAGGAUCAUGCCUCUGAUCAUAGAGGUCAAAGAGGGCUGGACAGUCAUGCAGAACAGAAACGGAUCUUUUAUGUUGGGAAACCAUGGUUAUAACAACAGCCUUCCCAGCAUGCACCCUGUGUUUGUCGCCCGUGGACCCGCUUUCCGCCGCGACUACACCAAGGCCUCCAUGCGCUCCGUCGAUCUCUAUCCUCUCAUGUGCAGCAUUCUUGGUCUCAAGCCCUUACCUAACAAUGGCUCUUUGUCAAGAGUGCAGGAUCUCUUAGUGGAGACAUCAACCCCAAAGCCAGUGGUCCCACCCGUGCCCAGAGAGCCUUCCUGCGCGUGGGCCCCAGUGGUCCCACCCGUGCCCAGAGAGCCUUCCUGCGCGUGGGCCGUGGGAUCCGUCCUCGGCGCUGCCCUCGUGAUCGGGUUCCUCUUCAUCUUUGUGCAACAGGUGACACAGCGGCAGCAUCUGCCACUGCAUCUGUCCAACAGUGAGAUAACACAGCCUUUACUGUAGGGUCAAACACAAGGGUUGUCGGCACUUUUCUCAUUUGAGGUUCUCAAUGUAGCACUGAUUAUUUCUCCAGUGCCACAUCUCGAUUCAUUCUAAAAUAAUUCUGAUAACACUUUUUAAGCAGCCAGCAUGGUCGCUUGAAUUCAAAAGCGAUCGAUAUCCACGGUAACGUGCCAAAGCCGAAUAUACCAAAAGCAAUAUGGGGAAAGAUGCUACAGUGGAAAAAGGUUGUGCAAUCAUCAAAAUCAUAAGAUGACU